ACGAGCUACACUAUCUGCGAUCCUUGUUUGCUCGGUGCAGGCCGCAGGAACCUUGUACGUCAGCCCCUGCCCAACCGUGGAAAAGUAGUGAAUGCUCAUAAACUGGCCACAGCACACCGGUAGUUUUCACUUGAUUCUCUCUACACGAUGAUAUUGAGUCCUGUUUAGAUAUUAAAGCCGAUGAACGCUGUCUAAGCGGCGUUGUGGCCACGGGCCAGGCCACCUAUUCUGACCGGCUUACCAUAAGUGUAGCAUGGGUGCGCCUAUUUUUCAGAGGCUGUGCAUUCUAUUUCUAAACCUCCCUUUAGUCAGCAUUCUGUAUGCGUUUGCAUGGGACGCUAUAGAUAAAUUGGGUCUUGGAACUGGCCUCGUAAUAACCUGCUGCUUCACGCUUCCGAUAAUCGCCUGUAUGACUUGUCCGUGACCUUGCACCCCUUUCCAACCUCGUACAGUCGUUUGCUCGAAGCGCUGAAUAAACAAGCAAUUGUGAGAUGCUUUAAGAGCUCCGUUUUCCUAUCUACGCGAUCACAUUAAAUCCUGUUGAGAUAUUAUGGCUCACGCAGAAUCUGACGAGGAGCUGGUGGCAGUCUAUCCAACGGACACCAUGGACGGUGACCUUUCGUCACCUUCUCCCGACACCACGCGACCAGACCUCGACGCAGGCAUCGAUCCCAAGAAUACACUUUCCCGGAGAGGAUUUCUGGAUGUCUGUUUAGCGACCUGGUUGCGCGUUCUUCUCGACAAUCCGCUCAUCAUCAUUUCGACCGCGCCAAGUCUCGUCGCUGGACUUUCGGGCAACACCGGCGCGGCCAAGGUGCUGCUGUUACUGUUGGCCGUCUGCAUCGUAACCCUCUUAUCCCUCGUUCCGAUCCAGCCAAACGAAGAAGCCGGUGUACUGUAUCCCGUCAUCGCUCGUCUGGCCAAGUUGUUCGCCAUUUCCUACUGUUUGCGCGGAAUAUUCGACUUCAUGGCGUUGUGGUUGUUAGGACCAGCCCUGAUGGGCUUGGUCAGUCAAAUCCGAGACCACCGCCGCCAAAACCUGCCUCCGGCAUUGUCGACCUAUUUGGGGAUCGUGAGCUUUCUGGUCACUGUGCUGCUGAUCAUAAUGACGACCUAUGAAACGUACAUUUCCCUUGUGCUCGUUACCACGUUGAGUCCCAGUACCACGAAGAAGUUUGUUGUGUGGGAUGUCACUGAGCAACAAAAGAACUACAUCUGGACGGCCUUGUUCACUCUGGUCGACGUCUUGUCGACAUGCACCGCGGGCCUCUUCGCGGGCACCAUUAUGCUGUAUCUGUCAUUCUGCGUUACACCGCUGCUGCAAGAUCUUCGGCAACUCGAAGCGAUAUUUAUAGAAAGCGUCUGGACAUGGGACGCAGCACAAGUACUCAAGAUGAAGGACGAGAUUGUGCGCUGUUUCCGAAAGGAGCGGGCGCUGCUGCAGCUCUCCCAGAAAAUUAGCGAGGUUUACUCUUCGGUGCUGGGUGCGUGGCUUUUAUUGGAUGUGUUAAGCGUUGGCGCGUGCAUGGCUCGGUGGUUUGUGGGAGGGUACCAAGGGACGAUAGCGGUGGCGGGGGUGUGGACGGGCCCAGUGCGCUGCACGGUGCAUUUCGCGUUUGUUUUCUUUAUGGCAGUCCAGCCGCAUCCUAUGCUACGGCGCAAGCUGCAGGCAGACGUCUCGGAUGUUUUCCUUGUCGGGGUCCGCUGAUUUAGAGGUGGUUGAAGCGUUAGGUAUUUCCGGUCCGGCUUUAAGCGGAUUGCUGCGUUGCAUAGGCCGAUGAAUUCGUGAACUGACUGGAGAAGCUCAUUCUACUGCUUUUCUUAAGCAACGUUUUAGUUUAGCUAAUAUAUUAGGGAAACGCUCCGGCUGUGUUAAGCACAUUACCUUUUAACCCACGAGAAGAUAGAUUUUGGUUGGCUUCUUAAUGUUUUGAAUUUUAAUUGUCAAAUAGUGCCCGCGUC